AUGGCUGCCGUCCGACCUCGCACGCCAGGCAAGAGCCAGCCUCCGCCGCCGCCGCCUGAGGCUUCCUCGUCCUUCAUUGACAACAACAACAACAACAACAGCCGCCUGAGCGUCAACAACCUGGACGCUGCCUCGCGCAGAUCUUCGCUUGGGUUCCUGCGCCGCUCUAAAUCAACCGAACCGCUGUCUGAGCGCAAGAGCUCUGGCAGCAAAGCCAGCAAAAAGAUGAAGGAUCAGAUCAGAGAGGAGGAGCUGCGUCGCCAGCGCGAGUCUGUCCCUCAACACGCCCCGCGUCUUCCUGAUCUUGCCCCAGCACCCAAAAUGCAGACCUUUGGAGGAGAGGAGCAAGCUACCAGCCUGGGCGCGCCUGCUCCUCAGAAUCGAUCGAGCUCUUCACACCAGAGCGUGCCACCGCCUCCUCCCCCACCAGCAGUGCUUGAUCCCUAUGCACGAACUGAGAGCAUGACUCAUCGUGGUCGCUAUAGCUAUGCCAGCAGCGCUGUGAGCACUAUCAACAGCCCUCGCAGACUUCGUCGACGCAAGGAUCCUACGCCCUACAAUCUUCUCGUUGUUGGUGCUAAGAACAGUGGAAAGACGUCUUUCCUCAACUUUCUGCGACAGUCGCUCGCGCUCCCUCCAAACAAGCACCCUAUUCGUUCUUCUGAGGAUAUCCUUGAGGAGAUCAAUUCUUCAUCCAGUCCCAACUUCACCUCCCACUACUUAGAGACCGAGAUCGAGGGCGAGCGAGUUGGCUUGACGCUAUGGGACUCCGAGGGGUUGGAGAAAAAUGUCGUUGAUCUACAACUGAGAGACAUCACUGCUUUCUUGGAAAGUAAAUUUGAGGAUACCUUGACAGAGGAGAUGAAAGUUGUGCGCUCUCCUGGUGCUCGAGACACCCAUAUUCACUGUGUUUUCCUUAUUCUCGAUCCUGUCCGCCUGGAUUCCAAUCUUGCGGCCGCCCAAAAGGCUGCUGGACAAGUCAAUGGCAAGUAUACCAAUUCGUCCCGAGUGGUCGGCAUUCUUGACGAAGAUCUGGAUUUACAAGUCCUUCGCGUGAUGCAGGGAAAGACAGCAGUCGUACCUGUGAUCAGCAAAGCCGACACCAUCACCACUGCGCAUAUGGCUUUCCUGAAAAAGUCGGUUUGGGAUAGUUUGAAACAAGCUAGGAUUGAUCCAUUGGAGGUUUUGGCAUUGGAAGAACCGGAAGAUGAAGAGCAAGAGUCCUCUGACGAUGAUGAAGAGGAUGAGGAAGCCACGCCUGUCGUUGAAAAGGAGGCAGACAACGUUCUGCUACAAGAGAAAGCCGUGAAAGCCUCAUCUCCCCGAAGCCACAAAUCCAACAACUCAAUUUCCACUACCUCGACAACGGACACGCCUUUCAUCCCCCUCUCUAUCCUGUCCCCUGAUUCGCACUCCCUAGAAACGCCAGAUCUCCCCAUCGGUCGAUACUUUCCAUGGGGCUACGCGGAUCCUUACAACCCGGAGCAUUGCGAUUUCGUGAAACUGAAGGAGUCGGUCUUCAGAGACUGGCGUGCCGAGCUGCGGGAGACAAGUCGCGAGGUGUGCUAUGAACGGUGGCGCACAAGUCGGCUACAUGUUCAACAAGCACCGACGAAGCCCAUCAACGCAAACUCAGGGCGUUAUGGGCCUCCGCCAGCAAGGGGUGGCCGUGCUACACGAUAG